AUGUUUUGCUUAGUUACUCUAAGUAUCUCCGCAGGAAACUUAGGUGGUCAAUAUUUGGAAGUUAAGACAACUCCAAAUUCGUUAAUUGCGCCCGUUGAUAUCAGGUAUAAAUAUCUUGGCGCAAAUAGAAAUAUUAAAUAUGGUACUACAAGGCAAAACAUGGGAUGGUCGCCAAUGGUUGAACUUGAUCGAAAAGAGAGAUUCUACGUCAGUGGCGCCAAUGGUGGAAACAUGACCUAUAAGGACACGGUUAAAAUUACUACAGAAUAUGGUUUUCCAUUUGAAAGAACUCAAAAUCAUCUUCUAUUGAAAUUUACAAUUACAAAUAUUGACCCAGAAGAACCACAUCGUAUUUCAUUUUCUCUCUCUUCAACAGUUAGUAUUGAUGGUCAACUUAAAUCGAAAAUCUCGUGGUAUGGAGGGAAAGGAAAUGAAAAGAGAGGAAUGUUAUGGGAACAAGACAAUAAUAUCUAUCCGAAACUAUACGUUAUUGCCAAAAAUUGUUAUGGUGUUGAUGAUGUUGAUGAUUUUUGGUUCGGCCCAACUAAUUCAAAUCACAAUCAUCACUUCGAGUAUGCUAGAAAUGAUACGAGUCCCUCAAAAUUUGAAGAGAACUCUUUCUCUUUAACAUGGAGAGAUAGAAUUUUUGAACCAAAUACAUCCUUAACAGUUGGUGUCAUGGUUUGUGUUGGUCUUGAGGACUUACAUAUCAAUCCAGCUUAUAUUACAUUUGAUCCUGACAUUCCUACCAACUACGACUUAAAUUCAUCUAUUGCUAUUUCAGGAAACGUUACAGAAGUGGAUGAUGAAAGUGAAGUAUCAUUCUUUUAUAAAUUAUAUACAGACAGAGAUCUCGAAAAUAAUUUACCAGUACAAGCACAUCUUUAUCCAUCUGGUACAACAAAAGGAAAAGUAAAUUAUCAUUUCAAUAUUGAAUUAGGAAAUCUUCCUGAUUAUGUGACUAGAUACAAAGCAGAACUUUGGUGUACCGAUAAUUCCACAUAUAAUAAUGUUCAAUAUCAUCUAAUUUCUAACAUGGCAACUCACUAUUAUCAUGUAAACCAUGUUCCUCUUCUAAAAUAUGUUCAAAACAUUCCAACAAUUUUUUACACAGGAGGAUAUAUUGAAUUUGCAGGCGAAGUUUGGGAUGAUAGAUCUCUACGAGUUAGAUAUCAGUAUGAUGAAGAUGGUCUUCCUCGUAAUAUAACAAGAGAAUGGAUACAAACAAACAGAGUUGCAAAAUAUGUCAGGCGCUCAUUCAAAAUUAGAAGUGAUCUCAUUAACUAUGGAAAACAUACACUUUAUCUUUGGGCAGAAGAUGAUUAUGGAUUUAGAUCUGAUUAUAUCAAACAUGAUUUCUAUUAUUAUGAACAACUGGCACCUGAAAUCAAAUUCACUGAUUAUGAUGAAACAGUAAAACUAUUUGAUCCCGAAAAGAUGAAAGAAUUUGAAAUUGGAGUUUCUGUAUUUGAUAAAGAUAGCGAACAAACAAUCAUAAUAUAUCAAAGAAGCCCAGAAGAUUCGAUUUCACAAAGUGCACGUCCAGUUUAUUCAUUAAAUUCGGGACCUGAAUGGCAAAAUGUAACAUUGAAUUAUGAAAUUCCAAAAGGUGUAUUGCAAUAUAAUACAUCUUAUUCCAUUAUUUUUAAGGCAUCUGAUAGUUUAACAGCAACUUCAAGAGAAAUUGAAUAUAAAUUUAAGUUGUUCAGCGAAUCAGAUCCAAAUAAAAAUGGAACAUAUGGUGAAAAGCCGCAAAUUGGCAAAAAAGAUGAAACAAAAGAUAAUCUGAUGGCAAUAGAUAGCACAGCUCCAAAGAAGAAGGUUGACUGGAAAUGGAUCAUAAUUGGAGUUGCAAUUGGACUUAUAGUAUUAGUUAUUCUUAUUUCUAUUAUUGUUCUUGCAUGUGAAGCAAAUAAGAAAGCAAAUGAAUUCUAUUUCGAUGAAGAAAACGAAAAAUUCGUAACAAUUGAUGGAAAUAUGGGAUUCACGAAUGAAAAUCCAAUUUAUGAUCCUGGAAAAGACAAUGAUCCAUUUGCAAAUGAAUUUGAUGAAAAUCAAGCAGCAAAUGAUAAUGUGUUUGAACCGCCUCCUCAACCUUGA